AUGAUUAAGAAUAUUUAUCAAGAAGCCCGAGCCCCAAACAGACAUAUCACAAAUGUAAAGUUUAAGUUAUUCAUAUAAAUUAUAUGUUCCUAUUGGUAAACUAUUUGUAAUUUACCCAAUUUAUUUGAAUUAGCUGAAUUAAUUUCAUAAAAGCAAGAUUAAUUAAUGAAACAAUAAUGGUCAUGA